AUGUCGCCUCCCAAGGACCCCAGAAGAACCGACCUCAUCGUCCCUUACCAAGAGCCCAAGAGCUCGGGCGAGUCGACCGAUAUCUCCUCGACAAUGUCCACCACACUUCCAAUGGCGGCUAUGUUCACGCGCAAUAAGCUUGUGGGAUGGGCCUCUGUUGUUUUCUCCAUCCAGAGCUGGCUCGGUGAGAGCGAGGAUUCCAAGAAGAACUCCACCACACCUGGAUACUUUUCAGUCGGCAUGUCAAUUAUGGCUCUUGUCGUCACUUAUCUACCUAUCUUCCUGCCUCCCGUUGGUGGAAAGCAGGCUUCUGGCACCGAGGCCCCUGCUCCUGUUCCCCUAGCAUAA